ACAGUUCGUGUAGUUUUUAUAGUGAUUAGUUAAGUUACCGUGAGUUUGCCUGUGCAUUUGGUAAACAGGUUUUUCCGGGAAACUAAAUUUCAUGGGAACGUGCUAAAGACGUAUUAUCACUAAUCUCCAUAACUACCACCGCACCUCCUGUAGUUUAUCUAAACUGUGCUACGGUGUUCAAUCAGUCAUAUAACCCAUCAAACCGGUUGAUAACGAGUUAGCGUUCAAACAUAACCCCACGGUGUUAGCUUGUUUGUUGUUAUAAAUCAGUAUUUCUUUGCGAAGAGGAGGGAAAGGGACAGGAAAAAAACGGACACGCACACACACAGGAGAAGUGAGCCGCAGGCGCAAACUAGCUUCAGCAUAGCUUCAGCAGCUGCCUCGCCAACACAGUUCGGUGUAGACUUUCAAGAUGGAUGCUUCACCUCGAUAGGUUUCUGUUUCCUUUUCGAAACCGACGAGAGUAACACCGAGUCCCCACGCGAGGAGGCAUAUGGAGGACUGAGGGGCUUUCAUGAGUAAACAGACGCGUUGUUUAUGAAACGAUAAACGUGAACCUACGUGGAUAUUUUUGCUUCUACGUGCUGUGGACAAACAGCUAUUUUCUAACUUCCUGGUUUUCGCGUUAAUAUGUGUAUUGAAACUGCGGCGACAGGAGCUCGGGUGACUUUGAAAGGUUUAUCUGACGUGGGAUACAUGGGAUUUAAUCACCGAGUUGGGAUGUUUGAAUCCGGGGAGAGCAGUUUUCAGCGAAAGGAAAAGGGAGGCCGACAGAUUUCAUAAGCAAUGGAAAGUGGGAAUGGUGGUGCCUCGAGUAAAGGUGUCUUGAUACCUGUGCCAGACUCUUCUGACAUCUUUAAAAACAGUAUCUUGGCUCCACUUCAACGUGCAUACUUGUAUGAUGAGUCGAAGCAGUUUUUCAGAUACAAGUCUGCUGUUUUGGUAAAGAAUCCAACUUUGGAAGAAAAGUACAAUACCUUCCGAGCAAAAAGGAGAGACGUUGGGUAUUCAGACGAGGAUCUAGAGGAGUCCUAUGGCUUUUUGCUCUUUGACGAUGUCAACAAGGCUAACGCACUCCGAGAAACCGGUGUGCUCACUGGAAAUAGCACAUGUACAACUCUGGGAGAUCCUUCUAAAGGUGUUUACAUAUCAAUGUACUCGGAUUGUUUGGAUCUGAAUCGUUGGUAUCAUGGGAAAUCUGGUUACAUCGCCAUCAUCAGGCUGACAAAGGGUAAAGUUAAAAGGGUUUUUGAAAACUAUACCCAGAAUUUCACUGCACCCACUGUGGGGUUUGACUGCCAUGUGUCCGAACAGUUCCCUUCAGUAUCUGCACAAACCAGCUCCUUCCUUGCGUUUGAGAGAACCCAGUGUUACAUGUAUGAGCUGCUAGAUGGUGGAAGCAAUGCUACAGCACAGUCUCCCAGUGCUGCUUGUCUGUUUGCUAUUGUAUCUUUUUCAUAUACGGAUACCAAAGCAGCAAUAGCAUCACCUCAGGAGAAAUGCGAGGAGAAAAAAUUAUUUUUUCAUUACUUGCCUUGGAGAGGUGAGCUUCAGAUCGGCAGCCAGUUAUACAACGUUGGGCUGAGGUCUAAAGCAAGGGCCUUACUACCUGCCAAGCUACCACCAGUGGUGAAAGUUGACUGGGUGAUUUCCAUGUUAGAUCUACGACAGCUAUUACCAAGGGCUGUUUUUGAAACCUGCUUCACUGGUGAAGUCUUUCUGGAUGGCUUAUACUGUAGUCUGUAUGAGUUGGUUUCUACUGAGGCAGAAGAAACCAACUCACUUGUUCAGCUUCUGUGGGACAUCAAAGAGAAAGAUCUUGCUCUCGUUGUUUUGCUGCAAGAUGGUGGAUUUUUUAUCCUCCUGCACUCGUCCCAUUUUCUCUCAUAUGAUGAUGCUUGGUCCUGUGCAAGUGAAGUCCUGCAGGGCUUGUUUGUGUUUCCAGAUUCUCGAGUUGUAAUGAGAGAUACCAAAUUCGGACAGAAGAACCCUUCUAAGACAUCAGAAAUCCUCCGGAUUCUGCCUGUACUAAGCUAUGCAGAGGGUGAAGCUGAGAAGACGCCCAUUGACCCAAGUGAAGAACUGUGUGAAGUCUUGGCUCAGCAUAUGCAGAGUUACACUGCACUGAUAAAUCCUGGGCUGGCAUCAAGUCCUUCUCGGGAAGUCAGCAUGUUUCCGUUUCAGUAUGAUGUGCCAGAUACCCACCUGUACUCAUCCCCUGAAUGGACUGAUGGGGCAAUGCAGAGCUUCAGGUCAUAUCUGAGCAGACCAACCUCAUUCCAACUGCCAGUAUCUAGAGCUUCAGAAAUUCUUGCAGCUGGACAAGAGGAGCGGAGGAGAGAAGAUCUUGAUGAUGAUGUCUAUAUCUGUAUAUCGUCUCCUGAGGAGGCACCUCAGGAGUUCACAGACCCUGUUAAUACAGUGUUGGAAGACACAUUAUCAGACCUGAACUCUUCUGAAAAUGUUGAGACAUCUGUAGAGAAUGUUACAAGUACCGGGGCACAAGACGAUUUAGGAGUUAUGCCUCAUAAUGUGGUACCAAAUGAUUUGCAACUGGGACCUUCCUCCAAAGACAAUGAAAAAUCCAGUGACCUCAGUGAACUGAACAAAACUGAUGAUGUGGUGGCAAAUAAUCUCACUCCUCCUACAUCAGAUGACCUUCCUGCAGAGCUGAUUGUCAGCAUCACUUCUGCGGAACAAAGUGUCAGCAAUGAGACUCUAAAUCUAAGAGCAAAAUUACAAGCAGCAGAAGUAAACUCUCUCUGUGAUGAGACUGGCUAUACUCAAAAGCUUUUGAAUAUCCCUCAGGUCACUAGCUUCACAGAAACCAAACUUAAACUACACACAGGAUGUUCCGGGGGAUCGAAAAAAGCAUCUAAAGCUUCUGUUGUGCCGUCUACUUUACAGACCGUCAAAACACCAGUGGAGAAUGACAGUGUAAACAGUCCGAAGGAUGAACACACCAAGGAAAUACCAGAUCACCCACAGCUGAGUAAUCCUUCAAAUUGGAGGAAAUUACAACGGCGUAGGCGCAAAUGUGGAAAAAUAUCUGCAAAAAAUAGAAAACUAAGAUCAGCUAUGGUUGCUUUACCCAUAGCAGAAGAGAAAAAAACAGAUCCUGAGCAUUGCCCUUUAAGAAGGAAAACCGAGCGCUGGGACCUUAAACCAAUCAUCAGUGAAUGUGGAAAGAUUUUGGUGCCUCAUGGCUCUACAGACUUUGCUGAUCAAAUUAAAUCUUUGAAGGAUAAGCUCCAGUCUAACAAAAAUGAAGAGUGCUCUGAAAAAAUGUUGCUUGAUGCCCCAGUGAAUGCUGAUGACGCAGUCAAAUCGGAUCCAGAGUCUUGCACUGCUCCAGAGACAGCAGUGGAAGACAUGCAGGCUGCUAACAUAGUGGAGGGUGGGAAUGAUCUUCAAACCGUCACUGUUAGUGAUGUUAAUCCUGAGCAGAAAAUUUCAAGGGAGUCAAAUGAUGGUAAUAGUUCAUUGCCUUUGAAUCCAGAAAGUAAUUCCUCAAAUAAUGAACCCACAGACAGUGUUUCGUCACAAGAAGUUCAGGAAAAACACUCUGAGAACCUCUCCCAUGAAAAGUGCCCAACUAAGAGUGAAUUUCUGUUGAGGAAACUAAAAUCAGUACUUUUAAGAGGAAAGAGAAAAACUGAUCUUGUGACAGAGAACACAGCUCCAAAUACUCCUCAAGACACUGAGCCUUGUCUCAAGAAGAGCAAAGAAGUGGACACUGAGUCUGAGGCGCUGAAAUGUAAUAAUAAAAAUACCCCGAGCACCAAUCCUGGGGUCACGGAAGAUCAAAAGAUGCAGCCAGUUGACCCUUUGUUUGCGUUUGCCCUUGGGCUGACCCCUAAAGUGAUACCGGAGAACUUGAAAAAAGCAGAGGAUCAGGACUCCAAGCAAAAGAUGGACACCGCAAAGACACAGGAACAAAUGAUUCAAGACAAGCAACCUCAAAUCGUGCAUAGGGCUCCAUCAAUUUUUACAAGACGGGGCAGGAUAAAAACACUCAAAAAGCACCAAAGUAUCUCUGCAGAAUGUAUUAAAAAGAAAUGGUGGUUGCAUUUUCAAACUCCAGCUUGUUUUGCCAGUGAAAAACUCAAAAACAAAGACUGUACUAGCGAUAAUUCUGUCAGGAAGACUGAAAAAAUGAACAGUGCUUACUCACCUGCAGAUGCUUUGAACUUACUUGCUGACUUGGCACUCAGUGCCGAUAAUGACCAGGCCCCUCCACAACCAAACCCAUCAUUUGAGAGAAAACCUGAGACAAGUUUGAAGAAGUCUGACCUUAAAAAAGACCUUACCAGUGCUGAACAAGAGUCAGUUCUUCAUGCUCUGCUUAGACAGCCUGCUGAUAGAUCCACUCAGCCACAUGAGUCUCCUGCACCAAGCCACCUUGUAGUAAACCGUGAACUCAUUGGUUUGGUAUCUAAAGAACAUGCUUACUCAUUGCCCCCAUCUUCCUCUCUACUAUUGGGUUUGCCAGGUACAUCCCCUGUAAGUGAUUCUUCUAGACUGCACCAUGACCAGACAAUGUAUGGAUUUCAAACACUACAGCCCUCUGUUGGUCAAGAAGACGGAAGUGAAUAUGACAAGACACCAGAAUAUCUGAAAAGGUGCAUGGCUCGCAGACAAAAGUUCAGAUACUCCCGUACUUUUGUUAACACGGAAGGAUGCAUAAAGGUCACAAGACACUGGCAAGAAAACUAUGACUUUAAUCUGGACAGCAAGUUUACAAGCGAUCCAAAAGACAAAACUAUUGUUCGAGCUUUGCAUGGGCCAUGGGAUUUCUCCAUUCAAGACACUAAUGAAGAGGUGCGGCUAAUUGUACACAUGUGGAUAGGCUUGUUUUACAGUCGGUCAACACCACGCUUUUUUCACGUUGAGUCAAAUUUUGCGUACUCCUGCUCAGAAGAGAAUGAUUCAUUGGAAAUGACGAGUGGAGUUGUAUCUGGCUUAACUAUAUUUGAGCAUAAAGACACUGCUGCUUCUUGCCCAAGUGUACCAGACACUUCAGACCCUUUGUUGUCAAAAGCUUUGGACCUCAGCAAAAACGAUGACACCAUAUUGGAUCAAGAUUCUGUGGUUUUGGAUUUGUCACUGAAAAAUUCCAGCGCCUGUCUACAGUCAGUCACUUCACAUCCACAAGUCCACAAAAAGGGGUCGCUUGAUUCCAGUGAACAGAAAGAACCCAGUGAAACACUGAAUUCUUUAAAGCCACUGGGAGAGCUUUGUGAGCCUUCUGAAAACAUGGUUAAUUCCAAAAUGAUUGUCACUGAUGUGAAAAAUUUCAUAAAGCCUCAUGAAGCUAAGCAGACCAGUCCUCACGGUAAAACUAUCUGCCUGGAGAAGAUUGAUGUUCCAUCUUUUAAAGGUGAUGGGAUAGGCGUUCCUCUUCAAAAAGUGGCACAAAGUGCAUCUGUCAAGGUCACCACUGCUAUGGCAGCAUUUGGAAUUGGUCAAGUGGUACUUGGAUGCGGUGAAGAGGGGAAAAAUAUGCAAGAGAGCACUGAAAAUCUAGGAGCUAAAGAGAUGGGCUUAGUAAAACAAGGUGCAGUGGAUUCCUUUUCAUUUGUGACACCUGAAAAAGGAGACCUCAGUAUGGAAGAAGAAGGCGUGGUUCAGACAGAUGAGCAUGAAAAAAACAAAUUGAAAAAACUGGCAAUAUGUGAAAUGAAGGAACACCCAAGCCAAGAAGGUAAUGCAGAGCCAUCUCAAAAGGUCAGUCAUGCAGGUGAUGAUUCUGGAAAGAAAUCAGAUAUUAUUGUCUGCAAUGGAAAUUGUUUAGAAAGUGAGAAGCUGUUAUCAAAGGAGGAGAAUAAAGGAGUCUCACAAGAACAGCGCGGACAUUUUAAAGGGUUUCUGGCCUGUGAUCUAAGGCAUAAGGCUAAAGUGAUGAAAGAAUAUGGUCACUUGAAAGAAGAUGGACUAUAUGAGAAAGAAAACUCUAUUUCUGCUGGAAAAGCUGGAAAAGAUUUGACUGAUCAGCCAUUACCUGUAAUGUGUAAUGGUCCAGACUUGGUAAACGACAACAACAUUACACGCAGUAAUCAUCAAGCAGAAAUGAAUGAGCAACCCCCAGUAGUGAACAACACCAACAAUGUCUGCCAUGACUUGCCUCCGAUGCUUUGUGCAGAUGGUAUUGCAUUGGCAGAUGGCUAUUUCAUUUCAGAAAAUAAUUCUCACACUCCAUUGGGAAUUAAAUCCAUAUAUAGGGAACCUGCAACUAAGAAAUUUCCCCCCAAAAAAAAUUAUUUGAGAGAUGAGGCAUUUAAAUCAGCAGUAUUACUUGUAUCUGAUGUAAGCUCGUCUAUGCCUCAGGUAAAUGACAAUGUUGAAAUGGAGAGCCAAAACAAAGAAAUAACGGACUGCAAUAGUGUUCAAAGUAAUAAUGAUCAAGAAGAUCAGAAAAUUAAGUCAACAGAGGAAAAGGUAAAGGAUGACAAAGAGCAAUUUCAGCACCAGGUUCAUUCACUACUGUGUGAGGCUCGAAAAACAUUUGAUGGACAAGUGGCAUUAACUGAAGAAGCAGAUUUCAGGACUAAUAAAACAAAUGAGGGUGUGAACAAAGGUUGCAUUGCAUUUGAAAGUCCUUUUACUGGAAUGAACCCUUCAGAAAAGGUCAUAGUACUGGUAAAGGAUGAUAGUGCAAGUCACAAAAACACAUUUGGUCAAAGUAACAAUGAUCAUGAAGAUCAGAAAACUAAGUCAACAGAGGAAGAGGUCAAGGAUGAGGAAGAGCAAUUUCAACACCAGGUUCAUUCACCUCCAUGUGAGGUUCCAAACACAAGUGAGGUAAAAGUGGCACUUACUGAAGAAACAGAUUUGAGGACAGAUGAAACAAACGAGGGAUUGAACAAAAGUUGCAUCUCAGAUGAAAGUUCUUUUACUGAAAUAGAUCCUUUAGAAAAGGUAGAGCCAAUGGAUGACAACUUACAAAACACAUUUGAACCCCAGCCUCAUUCACCCCAGUGUGAGUUUCCAAAACUAUGUGAGACAGAAGUGGCAUUUACUGAAGAAGCAGAUUUUAGGACUAGCGAAACAAAUGAGGAACUAGACAAAAGUUCUAUUGCUAUUGAUAUUCCUUUUGCUGGAAGAGACCCUUCAGAAAGGGUAACAGUACAAGUAAAGGAUGACAAUGCAAUCCACAAAAACACAUUUGGUCAAAGUAACAAUGAUCAUGAAGAUCAGGAAACUGUGUCAACAGAGGAGGUUAAGGAUCUCAAACAACAAUUCCAACAUGAGGUUCAUUCACCUCCUUGUGAGGUUCCGAAAAUAUGUGAGGCACAAGUGGCAUUUACUAAGGAAACAGACCUCAGAACAAAUGAGGGAUUGAACAAAAGUUGCACUGGGGUUGAAAUUCCUUUUAUUGGAAUAGAUAGAUCAGAAGAACUUAUAGUACAGGUAAAGGAUAACACAGCAACAUUUCAACGCCAACUUCGGUGGAAGAUUCCAAAAGUGUGUGAGGCAAAUGUGGCAUUUGCAGAAAAAACGGAUGUUGGAAGAGACAAAAAAAAUGAGAGACUGGACAAACGUUGCACUGAGGAUGAAAUUUCUUUUAUUGGAAUAGAUGCCUCAGGAAAGGAUGCAGUACUGGCGAAAGUUGAUAAUGCAACUGGCAAAGAACAAAUUCAAUGCCAGCCUCAGUCACUUCUGUCUGAAGUUCCAAAAAUAUUUGAGGCACAAGUUACAUUCACUAAAGAAAUAGAUCUCAGAGCAGAGUGCAAAACAAAUGAGGGAUUGGAUAAAAAUUGCACUGGUGUUGAAAUUCCUCUUAUUGGAAUAGAUUCCUCAGAAAAGGUUAGUGUACACUUACAUGGCUCACACCCCCAAGGCAAGUCUGGAGAAGUGGUACAAGGUCAGGAACAAAUUCCAUUCAUCAGUGACUCUAGCUACUCUAAAGCUGCCCUGACCAGUGAGAUAUGUAAUACAACUCAAGCAUGUAGUGAAAAAGAAGAACCUUGCAAAAUGUUACUUCUUGAUAUAAAUGAAAGCUACGGGCCAGUAGACUUGGGUAUUGAGUCAGAUGACAGAUGCCCUACUCCAACUAUAGAUGAAAAACCAUAUGGGUACCCAUCUUGUUCUAGCCCAGGCAGAAGCAAUUCUGCAUUAAGUAGUAGUAUAACUGGCAAAAACUUGAAACGUAAAUGCCUCAACACAAGCUCAGCACCUGUACAUGGUAAGCUGCCUUGUGAGAAAAAACCCUGUCAGAGUUCCAUUGUUAAGACUGAUUCUAGCCUUCACCAGAUUCUCCAUCCUGAUCUUGAAGCAAGGACUCUAAGAGUUCUACAAAGUAUAGACAAGUUCCUGUCCAAAUCAAACCACAUUGACAAAUCCUGUCAGAUCGAAACACUUAAAAUGAAAGAGUCUGUAGCUCAAUCCCCUGAACCUAGUAGCAAAUGUACCCCAAGUUCUUUAGCCUUUGACCAACCUACAGUUGACUUUAAGGAUAACAAUGAAAAGUCAGCUCUUGUGUCAUCUUCCACCUCACAGGAUCUGCACACAGAAUCAUCAGAUAACCUCCUUGUAUCACCUUUUAAAAGUAAAUUGGAAGAAGUGCUUGGUGUCAAAUUGAAUCUAAAGAAAACUGACUCGGUUCCUCAGGAAUAUUUUGAAAGAGUCAGUAUACAAGAAACCUCGAUAGGGCAGAAUGGCCAGUUCCCCAGAACUUGUCCAUCUGAGUUGUUGCAAGUCAUUAAACCAAGUUUAGACCAGGAGAGACCUAAACCAACACUGCAGUCCAAUGUAAAUCAGGAAUCCCGUGCAUACAAUCAUCGUCCUGUCUUGGCUGUCAAACCAUCGAAGAAUGAUGAAAGUCCAGCAGAUUACUUCUUAGUAGAUACAGAAAUUGAAAAGUCUCUCAAAAACAACCCACCUAAAACCCCUAAACUAGAAUAUAGUAAGCCAACAUCUGUGCUCUCAGAAAAGAGGACAAAUGCAAAAUCUAAGGGAUGUUCUGAAAGACUAAAUGAUAACCAGGAGGCCAGUCAGCUUUCCUUCAAAACUACUUGGCUUCCAGAUGUUGGUAAUAGUAGAUCAAAUUCGUUUCCCUCAUAUCAGUACCAGAGAAAGGAUAUUUCAAAAUUUGACAUGAAUCCAUCAUCGCCACCACCUAUGGAGUGUUUUGAAUCUGCAAAAAGUUCCUCAAAAUGUGUUGAUGAAAUCCAAGAUUUCUUAACAAAUGGUUUAGCUGAGAAAGUUGAGCAAACUGUUAAAAAAAAUAUUGAGAUGGAUCUCAAAGACCCCUCCAGUGCAGCAGCUUCAUUUAUAGAUCAAAGAAAUAGUGACAGCAUAGAUAAAAGUCUGGUCUUGGGGCCUCGAAGCUCACUUGUAUGCACAGUCUAUAACAAUAGUCAGAAGAGAUCUUAUUCGUUUCUGGAACAAGUUUCUCGGAGGUGCAUACAAGAUGAUCUCACUCAGGCGUCAGUUGAACAAGAAUCCCUCAUUUUCUCAGAACAAAUGAAACAAGUUUUGAAAAAGAGUGAGAGGAGACCCACCCACCAAGAAGACAGUCAUGACAAAAUAAGGCUGUCUUGCACUAGUCCUUUGACUAUCAACUUCUCUAAUCUAGACGAGCAAGAGGAUUCACUGGAUUACUUGGGCGCCUCUCUUAUUGGACAAAAAAUUAAGGUAGACCUGUCCAACAGGAAGGAUCCAACUGACAAAAAUGAAGAAAAGAUGAUUUGUCCUGGAGAACUUUCUGAAGGCAAAUAUAACACUGUGGAACAUGACUGGGUUUCUGAUGUGACUGUGGAAUGUGCCAGACUGUAUGAAGCAAAAAUGCAAGAUGUUUGUGCUUUCAAAAAAGUCUCAGCUAGAGCCAGACGCUUCCGAAGGAGUUGCACUAAGACUGAACCAAGUAACCAUUUUGACUUCUGUGAACAAAUGAAGAAAGAAAUGGAUAAAACGUUCCGGACUAGUCUAAAUUCAGUUGUGAAGAAGUCCUGUAGAACAAAGUAUAGGUUCUACAUACUAGCAACGUCAGAAGAUGUCUUCUUUGAACAAACCAAGGCACAGUUAGAGGCAGAGGGCCACACUUCUGUACAGCCAUCUGAGUUCUUCCCUGGUGAUGAUUGUUCUUCAUCUUUGAUCAUCAUCCUCAAGAAUGAAGACAUUGCUGAGCAUAUUUGUGAGGUCCCACAGUUGCUUGAGCUGAAGAAGUCACGGCAUGUGCAGUUUGCUGGAAUUGAUGAACCAGAUGAUGUUUUGAAUCUCACACAUCAGGAACUCUUCAUGCAGGGUGGUUUUAUAAUGUUUGACAGAACAGCGCUGGAUGCUCUCAGCCUUUGUAACAUGAAAAAAGUAUCUGAAAUCUUGCUAGAGCUAAGCAAAAUGGGAAAAUGGAAAUGGAUGUUGCAUUACAGAGACAGCCGUCGACUAAAGGAAAAUGCAAGGUUGAGUGCAGAGGCAAAGGAAAAGAAACACUUUCUAUACUGGGGCCAGGAGGCUGGAAUCCUGGAGGUUUUGCCUUACCAUGACUGUGACCAGAUGUCAAAAGAUCAGCCUGACUAUCUCACAUGUUUGGUCCGCCUGCAGGUUCAGAAAAUAUCAUCUCGCUUCCUUGUUUUUAUAACUGAUACAGCAACAGACGGCGCCUUUGAGAGUAAUGGGAUCUUGACAAUGACUACGGAGUCUUUCUUAACAAAGCCUUUAAGUGAAAUGUUUACAGUGUGACCUAAAAAAAGUCAGCUGGACGAACUGAUGUUUUGCUCAUUAAAGGAUGUAUUAAUAAACUCACUAAAUGUGAGGAGAACCCAGUAAUACACCAGUAAUUGCUAUUUAAAGUGUACUACAUUGUGUUAUUCUUCAGUCCCACCAGUUUUUUUCUUCUUCUUUUUUGUAUCCAACAAUAAUUAUUGAUUUUUUUUUUUUUUUCCCACAUUGUUCAAAUGUAAACCUAGUUCUCAUUCAGUUUAUGGAUAGAGGUGGCAGUAAUGCCAGUAUACCAGCAGCUGUGCUGUGUGUUGAUUUUGUAUCAUACUUUUAUUGUAAAGUGUGUUGUAAACCUGGUUAACAAGUGAGUUUUACAUUGUGAAUAUUUUAUCUUUUUCCUCACACUUCUGGCCUUAUACAUUUGCAGCACAAUCAGCAUAGUGUUUGUUUGUUGAUGGCUUCAGGCAAAAAAGUUGACCAGCCGUCGUCAUGCUCUGGGGCUUCAGACGAAGCUAAAUUAGGCUGUUUUCAAGUGCUAUGUUACAUAUUUAUAGUAUACACAUGUACAGCAGUUUAAUGUUAUUAGUUAAUGCUAAGUAAA